UUCUACAUGUCGGCUUGUUUGUUUGUUUCGUGAGUUAUAAGCAAGACAAAGAUGAUUUGAUCGAUUACUUUAAACUUAAAUCUCUUUAAUUAUAAUCAUUGAACAAUCCUGUGGGGGAAUUACAAAAUCACUCUGAGAUUGAACUGAUGAAAUUGCUUCAGAUUCAGAACUUUUCUUAGGAAAGAACAAAGGAUGGCAUUUUUUGCAUUCUGGGAAUGCUAAUGAGGGGAGUAAUUGUAGACGAAAUGUCAAAGAACUCGGAAUUGAAACCGGUUACAUCGAGUGUGAUUGCGAGAUUAAUGGGGCUUGAUGAACUUCAAUCCCAGCCACCUGCCAAUGGCAAUAAGCAGAAGAAGCUCCAAAGAGUGCUCUCGUAGGAUUAUCUGCGUAAAGCUGAUUCGAUUGGUGCUUCGAAGAAGCGGUCAUUCAAUGAACGUCGAUCAGCCUUGUUCGGCGUUGAAGAGGAGGAGUUCAAGGAUGAUUCUUUUACUGCAAAGGAAAGAGAACGAAUGCAUCUCAAAGGGUCAGGAUUUGUGGAUUCUACAAAGGGUUGUUUCGAAAAUUGUUUCGAGAAACCGGAUUAUCGGAUCACCGAGCAUUCUCAAAGGAGAUACGGACAUGCUGGUACUUCUAUUGGUCCCAGAUUUCAUCUGGAAUCAAACAAUGAAAGAAGUCCUCCAUCUAGAAAAACUGUCAUUUUGAAACCAAAGCCUGGAGAGACCGAUACCGAGACCGAGGAGAAAUACAAAGGGUUCCUUGGUCAAGGAAAAGGAAAUUCACAUGUUCAAGUUAAGCAGAGGAAGUUCUCCGAAGGUGUGAAUUCGAAGGCCCGUGGAUCUGUCCCUUCCUCUGGAACUGACAGGAAAAUCACCAGGAAAACAAGGGAUGGUCUAAGCGACAGUUCUUUCGAGCCACCAAGAUUAGGAGUCAGUCGUGCUCAAGGUCUUACAAAAGAGCCAGAGUUCAUGAUGAACGAAUGGUACAAGCCCUUGUGUUCAGGUUUAGACGGAUCAUAUGGGGCUCAGGAAGCAAAGCAGCAAAUCUUGGAAAGAUGGAGGAUGAAUAAAGAAUUUCGGCAGAAUGGACACGCAAUUAGGGAUAGGAGCAGAAGCAGAACACUUGGUGAAAUGCUUGCAUUGCCCGAUCAUGCUAAACAUGCAAACUUUCGUGGUCCUUUUGGCAUUAGCAGUAGAGAUGGCUGGAAAAACCGGGGAUUUGGAGACUUACUAAAGUCGUGAUCACAAUCGUAUUCUACACCUGUUGGAAGUCCUAUAACCAAGACUACUCCCAAAGUUUUCCAUGUUGAUUCGUGUAGGAAUACGAGGUCAGUGUUUCCUUGGUCAAGACGGAAAGAUUGUCCGAAACAAAGAAACUCAGGAUCCUACAACAAGCAGUCUCAAUCUACGGUUUCUAUGUCAUUAAAACAUGAUAUCGUUCACUCUAAUUCCGAUAACGAAAUCACCCCUAUGGAUGACAUCAUCCUAGUUGAUCAAUGGAAUGACAUCAAGUAUAGGAAAGUGUCUACAGAGGAUUGUCUGGUACCCGAGUCAUCAAUGUACUCGGCUGCAUCUCAAAGCAUCGUCUCUGAUAUUUUAUUUGUGGAAAAAACUCAAGAUGCUGCCAAGACUACUGGAAAUCGUACCCAGCACCAGAUCGAAUCAAUGGAUUGCGCUAUGCCGGAGAAAGACCGUGAUUCUUCUUUUUGUAUCCCUGAUGCUUGGAGUCAACAGGAAGAUGUAUCAAUGAAAAUAUCCGAAGAGUGCGGCACAGACCUCGACUUUCUUGUGACCUCGGAGACAGCUAAUCAGCCCAGUCCGGUUUCAGUUUUGGAAACACCGUUCAUAGAAGAGAAUUCAUUGAGGUCUAAGUGCUUUUCGAGUGUCACCGCUAGCUUAAAUGACGUGAAGCGGCAACUCGAAUUUCUAAAAUCGGAGUCAAUUGAAGAAUACUGGGAAGGAACAGGGAUGGUUGUAUCGAGUGACAAUGAAAAUGAUGUAGUAGAAGAGCCUUUGAAGUAUGAAAAUGAAUAUCCAACCAAGUUGUUUGGAGCUGCUGAGAGUUGAGAUUUCUCCUAUUUGGUUGACGCCUUAACCGAGGCAGGUUUUCAUAGUAGAAACCCGGAUAUACUCUUUAACAGAUGGCCCUCUCUGGAAACUCCAAUAAGCCUGUCGGUUUUUGAGACACUAGAGAAGAAAUACGGUGAAUAGAUAUCUUGGAAGAGGUCGACGAGGAGGAUACUUUUCGACCGCAUAAAUUCGAGUCUAAUGGAAAUUCUGCAGCCAUGGUUAGGAUAUCCCACGUGGGCAAAACCGGUCGCAAGAAGGCUUAGCUUUCCGCACAACUCAAAAGAAAUCGAGGAAGAGCUGUACAAGUUGUUGGUUAGCCAAGAAAACGAAGCCGAAAAUGAAGUAAAGAAGGACUCAGCAGAGAAAGUUUUCGGAAAAGACGAUGGAUGGUUAUCCUUAGGAUACGAUAUUGAAGAAAUCGUUACAGAAAUAGAGAAUUCAUUGAUUGAUGAACUAGCAGCAGAGAUUGUUAGCCUAUAGAGUUUUUUUUUUUCUUUUAAAAGAUGGUUUUCCCCUCAUGGUUUUGGCACAUUUUUACGUGCAUCAUCAAAACCAAAAACGAGUCGUUUUUUUCUUCUGAUUUUUCUCAUUCGAAUCUCGCAUUAGCAUGUCAAAGAGGAAGUGAGAAAGAUAUGCAGGAAAAAAU